AUGGAUCGAACACAAUAUAGAGAGCAAUUUGUAAGAUCUCAGCUGGAAGCAGUUCAAAAAGCAAUAACAAAGCAUGAAGUGCCGCUGAAACCAAAACAUGCACGAACUUUAAUUGUUGGAACACAUAAAGACAAGUCUUCUGGAAUAUUCUGGCAUACUGUCGGCGGAAUUCAAUUAGAGAAGCAUCCAGUGCUUACUUGGAAGUUCUGUCAUGUAGUUCACAAAUUAUUGAGGGAUGGCUAUCGAAAGGUUCCUGAAGAUGCCUAUAGAUUUGUUGGCCGAUUUCAACAACUUUCACAAUUCUGGAAGCAUCUAAACACAAGCGGCUAUGGUCCCUGUAUCGAAAGUUAUUGCAAAUUACUGCAAGAUAGAAUCAAUUUUCAUCACAAGUAUCCAGUGGUCCCUGGAAAGUUGGAACUAAACGAUUCUCAACUGAGGACUCUUGAAUCAGAUUUGGACAAUCUUUUCGAAAUGACCAUUGAUAUGCUUGAUCAAAUGGAAAAUCUAUUAACAUUACAAGAUCGAGUGUACGAAAUGUUAAAUUCGUUACGUUGGAAUUCGCUUAUCCCUCAAGGACAAUGCAUGCUGGCUCCUCUCAUUAUUGCUAUACUUGAUACUAGCAAGUUCUACGACUAUCUGGUCAAAAUGAUAUUCAAACUUCAUUCGCAAUUGCCCGGCGAUGCAUUAGAAGGCCAUCGAGCUAGAUUUUUGCAAAUAUUCCGACGAACCAAGAAGUUUUACGAAGAAUCAAGCAAUUUACAAUACUUCAAAUUCCUUGUUUCGAUUCCAACUCUUCCUUCAAAUGCUCCUAACUUCUUGAUGCAGUCAGAUUUGGCUUCUUAUCGCACACCACAUGCUUAUUUGCGAUCGAAUGGAUCGGAAGAUGGAGGAAAUCAAGAAGGCGAACUUCUAAAUUUAGCAGAAGAUGAAGGACAAGUUAGUCCAGCACCAACUGAACAAAGGCACAAAGACGACGAGAUUAUAGCACUUCAACGUGCUGUUGAAGAUGAACGAUUUGCAAAAGAGAAACUAAUACAAGAGGCAAGAAACAGGAUUGAGCAGUAUGAGAAUAGAUUAGUACAAAUGCAAGGUGAACUUGACUACGCAAAAAGAGAAGCUGAAGAACAUGGAGAAGAAGCAAAAAGAUUGAAGGACGAACUUCAAAAACGCGACGCUUCGCAGAUACAAAGCAAUGAUGCUCGCGUUUUGACUGCUGAAACCAAAGCGAACGCAGCUGAAGAAAGAUUUAAUAAGAUGAAAGGUGUUUACGAGAAAUUCCGAACCGAACACGUUGCGGUUCUUACGAAAUUGGCCGACUUGCAAAAACAACUCGAGGCGAUGGAAAAGGCGAAAAUGGACAAGGAGGAAGAAAUUACUGGAUUGAAUCGACAACUUGAGGAAUCCAAGAGGGAGAACGACCGGAUUUUGAGCAAAUCUGUAAUUGAUGCCAGCUCAGUUGAUGAGAUGCGCUUGCAAUUGGCAAAAGCUGAUGUAGAAAUGGAAGAAUUGAGAAAGAGCCUCGAGCAUAUCAAACAGGAGCAUUCAGUUCAUUUGGUGCAGUCGAAUGAAGAAAACGAGAAGUCGAAAAAACAACUGGAGAUUGAAGUGAACAAAAAGGCAAUGACGGCGAUUCUGCAAAUGUUUGAGCAGAGUGAAGAAGAGCUUCAAAAUGCGACAUCAAUUUCAGUGCCGCCUCAUCUUGCGCAAAGUACGAUGACGAAUUUGGUAACUGUUGUCCAAAACAGAAAACUGGAGGAGCUCGAAUCGACCGAUGACAAUGUAUUAGCAGGACAUUUGAUAUCGAAGAUUGUUGUUCUUUCUGCUUCGGCAGCGUAUACUGCUUCAAUACAAAGCUAUGAAGAAGUAAAUGAGCAAUGCAAGAAAGUUUUGAAAAACGCAAAAUCUGCGUUUUCAAAAAUCGACAAUGCGGAUCGAUUAGUGGAAUUCGCAACAUUACGUCAAGAUGUCGAACAACUGAGUUCUUUGAUCAACUCGCUUCCACAAUUAACGGAUAUAGACAAGGAUGUUGUGGGAUGUGAAUUAGAACAGGAAAUGCGCAGAAUGGAUGAAACUAUUCGGCGUGCAGUCCAAGAAAUUGAAGCGAUUCAGAAGAAGGCUCGUGAGAAUUCGGAUGGAAUCAGACUCGAGGUGAAUGAGUCAAUUUUGGCCAAUUGCCAACAACUUAUGUCGGUCAUUAUGCAAUUGGUAGCCGCCUCUCGAGAAUUGCAACUUGAAAUUGUCGCUUCUGGAAAAGGUGGCGCUUCGCCUGCGGAAUUCUAUAAACGAAAUCAUCAAUGGACCGAGGGACUUCUGUCAGCUGCAAAAUCUGUUGGUGUAGCCGCAAAAGUUUUGGUCGAAGCUGCCGACGGCGUUGUGACUGGAAAAGGAAAGUUCGAGCAAUUGAUUGUGUCCGCUCAAGAAAUCGCCGCAUCAACGGCUCAACUCUUCGUUUCGAGUCGAGUGAAAGCUGACAAAGAUUCGGAAAAACUCAACAUUCUUUCGCAAGCUUCUCGAGCAGUCAACCAGAACACAGCGAUGGUUGUCGCGGCUGUGAAGAGCGGAAAAGUAACACUGAACGACGAAGGAUCUCUCGAUUUUUCGCAUUUGUCACUUCACGAUGCAAAGAAAGAAGAAAUGGAAUCGCAAGUGCGAAUGCUUGAAUUAGAGCAGGAGUUGAACAAGGAAAGAGAGAAACUCGCGGCACUCCGCAAGCAACAUUAUCAUAUGGCUCAAAUCACUUCAAAUAAGGUACACAAAAUAUAG